UGGUACGGCCCCGUUGCCAUGGUGGCGGCGUCGCGAGGGAGGUGGAGGGAAGCAUGGCCACCUUGGCCAGGCUGCGGGCGAGGCUGCCGGCCCUGCGGGAGGAGUGUUUCCGUCGGAACGGAGCUGUAGAUGAAUACCGAAAGAAAGAGUAUAAAGCUGCUGUCAAAAUCCAGAGCUGGUUUCGAGGAUGCAGAGUCCGAGCCUAUAUCAGAUAUUUGAACAGUGUGAUAAUUAUUAUACAGAAGUGGUGGAGAGGUUAUCAAGGCAGAAGAUACUUCAGAAAAAUGGUGGAGACAGCAUAUUUUAUUAUGAAGAUGAAUUUCUACAAUGAAAUGGCUGUCAGGAUUCAGAAAAGAUGGCGAGGCUAUUAUGUUCGAAAAUAUACCCAUAAUUAUUAUGCACUGAAGAAAUACCUGGAAGCCAUUUCUGUGAAUAAUGAGAUUGUCAGGAAAGAACUGAAUGAGUAUGCAGAAAUGAGAGAGAAAGAAAAGAAAAAGAAAGACCUAGAAAAGAAAGAAAAGGAAAAGGAUCACCAAGCCCGAAAGAUGCAUUACCUCCUUAGCACUGAGCAGAUUGCAGGUGUAUACAACUCACCAUUCAGAAAAUCCCCGGAUCCAAUGGAGCUCCUGUUACGGAAGUCAAAGCCACUAAGCCACAGACAGCAGCCAGCAAAGAAUCAUCUCAUAUGUGACUGGUCAAAUUGUACAAGGUCCCUGACUUUCCCCACCGCACAGCCUCUGCCACCUAUUGGCAGACAGAAACCUCAGGGGCCUUUCCGUGAUACUGCUGAAGUAUUGCAGCAGCGCUACAAGCCUUUGGAACCAACCUUGCGAGUGGCAGCGUCAAUCAAUUCACUAGAGAAGGCCAGAGAGGAAAUCAAGAGAGAGGAAUGGAGAAACUGUGUACAUGACAAUGAAUUUUUGCCAUUUUCUUCAUAUCAUAAAAAGGAGAAGUAUGACCCAUCAAUUCAUAGGUCAGGUAGAUAUGACCAAGAAACUUAUGGAAUUAAACAUUUCCGAGAAGUACAGCCUAAGAAGUGGAUAGCAGACAAGGACUUUCAAACAGUGUUACCGUCGAUUAUUCUCUUUGAAAAGUUUGGAAAAACUUAUACCAGAACUGGGCAAAUAUUUUAAUCAUUCUGUAAACUACACAAUAGAAGACUCCCAGUAAGUUAGCAAUAAAUAUAUUUCAGCAAAUGCAAAGCAGUUUGUUUACUGAAUGUUCCAUAAAUGACUGUUUUUGUAAAGUGAUGUAUACUGUAUCUAAAGUACUGUUACUUGAUUUUGCUUGAUCUUUAAGCGAUACAACUUUCAACAAUAAUCAAAGACUUUUUUGUAGCUUUGGCAAAUGUAAUAUCUUAGGAAAACUGGAUGACUCUUCAAAAUGCUUUCUGAAGAUGGUAUCUUUCAUUUGAAUAUAAAUCCUUUAUGAUACAAAACCCAGUGUAAUCAGAUAAAAGACUUGGGAUCACAUUCUGUGUAUUGCAGGUUUAUAAGUGAGUUUAAUCUAAGUUUAAAAGUUACAUCUGUUCUUUUUUUCUGACAUCUAUAAAUGGAUCUGGUUCAUCAUUAGUGUCAGUAUACAUCCGUUUUGGAUGUAUACUGAUCCAUCUCUUCAUUCAGUGGAAUUUGAUAAGCUAUUUACAUGGAAGACUGUAUUUUAAAUCCUUUGAGCUCUUUUGUUGGAGGAUCUUAUCAGUGGAUAACUUCAUUGUUGAAAAUUUACAAUUCUAACUACUUCAUAUACACCUUAUAAUUAAAUAAGUUUUUCUAUAUCUAUUUUAUUUUUCUUCAUCUAUAACUAUGUGUUUAGUCCUCAUCCUGUGUUAAGCAGAUUGAUACGUGGGAAUGUAAUCAUGUAAGGCCUGGGAAAGAUGAGCGCAUGUUUGAUCACACAAAUCUGAUACCUGACUGAUGUGUUCACUAGCAGGCAAUCCUGCAAAAUGUUGAGAGUCUUCAGGUGCCAUUAACUUAAAAGGACUCAAAGAACUUGGCAUUUUGGGAAGACUUCAGCAUUUUCAGGACCAGAUCAUAAGGCAUUUCUUCAAAUGAUGUGAGUGGAUGGCAUUUUUACAAGACUUUUCUGCUGAAUUCUCUGGGAUACUAUGAGAAUGUCGUCGUAUCAUUUGAAUAUGUUUGAAUCAAAUAUAUUAUAUUUGAAUAUAAUAUUUGAAUCAGUUACUCAAUGGUAGGCUUUUUAUUAAUGAAUCUUUAUAAUGUGUCUCUUGUGGUCUCCAAAUGAACAAGAAAAUUCAAUGUAUUUUCUGUUUGUACAAAUACCUACUAAUGCUUUCUGCACUAGGAAUCAAAAAUUUUGCUUUCCCAGGUUUUCAGCCAUCAGCCUAUGUGAAACAGUACUGAAAAAAGUUUUAGCAUUAUCAUUGACAAGAGUAAAAAAACCUUCAGUUCCAUUACAGUAGGUUGUAACUGCAGGCACUAGGCAGAGGAGAUUACAAACAAAACACAUGCUAGACCAAAUGCCACAUCAUUUGAAAACACCUGAAACUGGGAAAGUAGUGUUGAGUGUUACCAUCUUUCUGUAAUUUUUGAUUUUCCCAUUUUAAAGCUUUGAAAGGUUUAUUCUUCUGCACUGCAACAAGAAAUUAAUUCUGGAAAGUGAGAAGCAGCCACAUCGAUGGCUGAAUCUUCCCAUUAAGAUUUAAUCUGACCAAAUGUAUCAGAGUGCUUUAGUUGUUCAUGGAAGGGACUGAGCAUAAGAGAUUUGUGCAAACCCGUUGAUGAAUAAGGAUGCUACAGUAAUUUUUAUAUAUGAGAGCUAUCUACUUGAUUACUUCAGCUUUAAGGUGGUUCAUCACUUCACAGUAACUCACUCUGCGUUGUCUCUUUAACUCUGUAUCACAGUUUCCCAUCAGUCCGAUUAGAAAUGGCAAUGCCUUUAUCAGAUUAAUCUUCCUUUCUCUUUCUUCCUUUCAAUGUCUCAGACCCAAGACAAAACAAAACCUACAAUGCAAACCAGCAUGGCACUAGCUGUGGUGUUCCACAGCUAAGAGUCUGCAGAAGAGAUGAAAGUUUAAACCAACACUUGCAAUUUAUUUUCACUGUCUGACACAUACUCACUUUUUCCUUCUCUUUUGAAAAAAUAUUAUUUUUUUAAUUUAUAUGCGGCUACCAACUUCCCAGAAACCUUCCUACAUACAAACAGAUCUAUUAAUUCUAUUAGAUAAAUAAACAUCCACAAAUUGAUCAAGUAGCAACAAUAUUACCUGCUGUUUUUCUUUUUUUUUUUUUCUUUUUUUUUUUUGCCAAAUAUAUUUCGUAGGGAAGACAAUACUUUUCUUAAAUGGGAGUUCAUAUAGAAUUUAUUAAUUUGUGGGUGUAUAACAUCCAACAUAUUUUGUGUGGUCAUUCUAUAGCCCAUGAAUCCUUUUGUUUCUCAUAAAGUAAAUUUAGCUCAUGAUAGAGGAAGUGAUGACUUCCAUUCAGUCACUGCUUUAUUGGGCAGAUGAUCACAUGGCUUUGGUAGUUAAUCUUAGUCUUGUGCAGAAGGUUCAUAGCUUACUUAGGAAAUGGAGUUCAAUGUGGAAAAAACCCUAAGGAAAUCAUUGUAGAAUCUCUGUGAGAAUCCAGAAUUGCCUAUACAUUUGUAUAAACCAUUUGAUAUUUAUUCUAGUGGGACCUUUACUAAUUCUGACAUCAUGUAGAGAUUUUUUAUUAUUAUUAUUACUGUCUCACAUUGCAGAGAAACACAUUCACUGAGGUAAGAGAGAAUUAGCUUGAAGAUAUUUUUAAAUAUAAAAGCAUUAUCAGUCAAUGAAGCUUUAGCUGGGUCUUGACUAUUUUUAGUUGAAACGUCCAAACAGAUGCUACACAUUCCAGGAACACUUGCCAGCAUGGAAAGGGUGUAAAGGAAAUAAAAGAUAAAUUUCAGCCCCGGGAUGGACCUCACUUCUAACACUCUGGGAUAUACUACCACUCACAUUUGGUAAACCUCUGUGGCAAGGCAGUGAAUGUGUCAGGUUGUCUAAGAAAAUGUUGUUAUGCUCUCUUGUUUCAGGAAGAAUGUUUGCAUGUAGCAAACUGAUCUAAAGCCUUUUAAAGCUAAUUUUUAAAAAAUUUUAUGAAAUAUUCAUGGCAAUAUUCUGUGAAUAAUACGGUAAGGAUUUUGAUGAUGUCAUUAUGUAACCAGUCUGUCUAUCAAUAUAAGCACUAAGUGUAAGUGAUUUUACUUUAUUCGUGGUUAUCUUUCUUACUGAUGUA